AUGGUGCCUCCUAGCUGCUCCCGUGGUGGGGGGCAGCCACUCCCCACUUGCCCCCUCCCGGGGUCGGCUCCGAAGAAGCAGGCGUCCAUCUCGCGCAUCACCACCCAGCGGGACGCGUCCUUGACGCCCUUGACGUCCAGGCAGACCUGGACGCCAGGCGGGCGGGCCUUCCACCGUGAGGUGAUGCGCGCCCUGUCUUCUCAACGCCCCCCAGGGGCCACCGACGGCCUGGUGUGGGUGGUCGACUCGGCCGACCGGCCGCGGCUGGAGGAGAGGCUGGCGGGGGCAACACUGCUGAUCUUCGCCAACAAGCAGGACCUGCCGGGGGCGCUGACCGCCGCCGAGCUGCGGGAUUUCCUGCGGCUGGACCAGAUCAAGUCGGGGAGGCUCCCGCCCAGCACCGGGCCAGGGCCUGGCGCAAGCGGCGGCAAGCUCACCCCUGAGCGCAAGGACGCAUUGCUUGCCAUGUCCGCCGAGCACUUCGAGGCCUGCAGCAUCUGGCUGUCGCCUGGUCAGAAGGCGCACUUGCUGGGGCUGCGAGCCGUGCAGACAGGCGACCCGCUGGCCCUCAGUCGACAGGCCAAGCAGCAGCACGACACGCUCAAAGAUCAGGUCGCCAAGGCCAAGAACGCCUGGGAGAAGUCUCAGGAGUUGCUGGCCAAGCAGCUGCAGAAGACGGCGGAGCUCAAGGCGAAGUUCAUGGAGCUUGAGGCCAAGGAGCUCGAGGCGGCCCGCGCUGCUGCCAGCGCCUUCUCCGAGCUCGGGCGUGCCUCCAGGCCUCAGCCUGCUGACCAUGCUGCAUACCUUGUGGAGCAGCUGCGUGAGCUGGGGGUCGAGGCGGGCGUGGUCGACUCGAUCAAGCAGGUCGCGGAGGCCCGCCAGAAGGCCAAGAAGGGCGACUGGAUGGACAAGCUCGUCAGCUCUGCAGGUGAGAGCGGCAUCACUCGAUCGCAGCUGGAGGUCCUCAAGACCCUCACGAGGCCCAUCAGCGUUGCCCAGACCAAGCAAGUGCGGUGCAGGAUCCGACAUCUUCAGAGCUCGCCAGAUGUUCCAGAUUCGAAUCUCGCGGUUUGUUUCCUGGAGGCCCUUGAUCGGUUUCGCGUCUUUGAUUACGUAGUCAUGGACUAUUUCGCCGCCGUCGCCAGCGACACUGCCGAGCGCCUGCACAAGCAGGCAACCCAGCUGAAGAUAGUCAACUGGGACCGAUGGGUUAAAACGCACUCGGUAGGUGGGGCUGCGGCGCUCUUCAAGUAUGUGCAGCUGCCUGACCCUUGGCAGCCGUCCACCCUCGACUCCUUCACCCUCCGUCCCAACUCCAGCAUGGGGGUCCCGCCUAGGAGUUUUCUGCACUUGCCCGACGUUGCGCUCGAGCUUCUGUGCGGCCUCAUCGGGAAGAUUGAGGAGCAGGCGGACUGGACGGGCAGAAUCAAGGUCGCCAAACCCAAGCUCAAGAGAAUGAAACAUCUCCAGGGAGGCAUGGCCAGGCGGAAAACCAUGGCCAUCAUGGCCAGGGCGGCCCUGGAGACUUCGGUUGCUUUUGGGACCUCCGUUCAGGGUACUGCCUCUAAGGAGCUGGACGUGUUGCGAUCCCAGGCCGCUGCGGCGCUCGACGCCAAGACCAGCGGCAAGAGCCGCACUCUCGCUCUCGCGCUCGCGCCGCAGGCCAACUACGACCCGAUUUGGAGGGCUACUCUGGAGCCUAUCAAAGCUUUCAGCUCUGUUCUUUGGGCGGCGCGCGUGCCAUGUCAUGUAUUAGAGCAUGGCCUUGAGGCCGCUAGAUUGGCGUUGUCUGGGAAGGACCAAAUGUGGCCGCAAGUUCGGGGCCCCCUGGGAGCCCUCUUCGCUACGCUCGCCAGAGUCGGGAUCGUCGUCGUUGAGCCCCUGGUCUGGAAGUUGCCUGACGGUCUGGAGCUGAAACUCAAGUACAUUUGCCCCAGGGUCCUACUGCACUGCUGUGCGCAUGCGGUGCGCCACUGGGUUAACCUGCAGAUUUCGGAGCACCUCCAGAUGCCCGAGUUCCGUACUGGGUUCUGGGAUGGGCCUCUGAAGUACCUCCUGAGCGCCAAGGGGAACCUCACUUGGCAGCAGCGUGGCUACCUCAGGAGUGCUAUCAUUGGAGCUCAGUGGCCCCAAGAUCGGCAAUUUCAACAAGGAUGGAUUGACUCCCCGAGUUGCCUUGCAUGCCAUGAGGCCCCUGGGUCCCUCGUGCAUCGGCACGCUGUUUGCAAGAGCAUGCUUGAGGCAAUAGGAGAGCCACUCCCUGAUGCAAUCAGACUCAUGCUCCCGCAUGCGGACCAGAAUGACCUGGUGCGCCUGUUGCUGGAGCGUGUGCUCGUCCCGCUCCCCAAGGCCCCUCAGGCAGUGCUGCUGACGCCGUCGGAGCCCUGUGUGGAAUGGCACGGGGAUGCGCAACAGCUCACAGGGGAUCUUUAUCUUGAUGGCUCACUGUUUACUGAUUAUCCACAUCGCGGGACUGCUGCAUGGGCAGUUGUUGCGCUGGCCGCCGACACUGACACGGCUGUCUGCACCAUCACAGGUCUCCUGCCCUACCCGCUGCAGGACAUAGACGGUGCCGAGCUGUAUGCCCUGUUCGCAGUGCUCAGAUUCGCGGUGCCACCUGUUGUCGUGCACACGGAUUCCGAUUUCGUUUGGAAAGGCCGUGCCACCGGCUACGUUCGAAAGUUCGGGUCCGCCCUGUUGGGCGAGGGGCGGACGCGCACGCGCGCGUCGCAGGCCAGCAGCAUCAGCGGCCAUGGGCAGUGCGACCUUGCGGUGCCGGGCGCCUGCCGCUGCUGGUCGCAGGAUGCCUGCUGGGCCAGCGGCGGAGGGGGCAUGUGGCCCUCCGCCAACCUCGGAGGCGAACACCACGGUGGUGUCCAGUUUCGCGGCGUCGGGCGCUACCACGAUGACUGCCAGCUCGGUAUCGAUUGCGACGUCGGUAUCGAGCUCUGCAGAUUUGAGCAGUACCGCACCAUCGAGGUUGUCGCCAGAAAUGACUUUGGAGCUCAGCUGAGGAAUGUUUGCGCCUGCGGCCACUCCGACGGCGUCGCUGGCUGCCCGCCCACCAGCAUCGCCGACUUCCAUUCUGACGGCACCACCGAGUGCCAGUCCGACCGCGACACCGACUGCCAGCAGGACGGCAGCGUUGACUGCCAGUCCGACGACAUUGCCGACUGCCAGCCCGACCGUAGCACCGACUGCCAGUCUCCCAACGCCGACUGCCAGCAGGACGGCAACGCCGACGGCCGCACGGACCGUGACACCGAUUGCCAGCAAGACGGCAACGCCGCCGGCCUGUGCGGCGGCAGCUUAUACGGCCAGUUCGACAGCAUCGCCGACUGCCAGUCCAGCGGCGACGCCGAUUGCCAGCCCAACGGCAAUGCCGUCUGCCAGUCCGACGGCCGUGCCGACUGCCAGUUGGUUCGCCGCUCCAGCUGCCAGCAGGACGGCAACGCCGUCUGCCAGUCCGGCGGCAACGCCGACGGUUGGUCCGAAGGCGUCGCCGAUUGCCAGUCCGACGGCAACGCCUACGGCCAGACCAACGGCGUCACCGACUGGCUGUCCAGAGGCAACGCCGACUGCCAGUUUGACCGCGACACCGACUGCCAGCAGGCUGGCAACGCCGACUGCCAGUCGGACGGCAACGCCUACGGCCAGACCGACGGCGCGGCUGACUGCCAGUCCAAUGGUAACGCCCAUUGCCAGUCCUAUGGCAACACCGACUGCCAGUCCGAUGGCAAUGCCUACGGCCAGCCCGACGGCUAUGCCUACUGCCAGUUCGGCCGUCGGGACGGCAAUACCGACUUGCAGUCCGACGGCAGUGCAUGCGGCCAGUCCGAGGGCGUCGCCGACUGCCAGUCCAACAGGCGUCCGAAUGGCAACGCCGACUGCCAGUCCGCCAAUAUCACAUACGGCCAGUCCUACGGCAUCGCCGACUGCCAGUACAAUGGCGACGCCGACCGCCAGCACAACGGAAACACCGAUUGCCAGUCCGACUGCAACGCCGACUGCCAGUUCAGUGGCGAUCCCGACUGCCUGUCCAACGGCAACGCCGACUGCCAGUUCAACCGCGUUGCCGACAGCCAGUCCGUCCGCGGUACAGGCCGCCAGCAGGACAGCGACGCUGACUGUCAGACCGACGGCAGCGCCGACGACCAGUCCGACAACUACGCCGACUGCCAGUCGGACCGCGACGCCGACGGCCAGCAGGACGGGGUUGCCGACUGCCAGUCCGACGGCGACUCCUGCGGCCUGACUUACGGCAUCGCCGACUGCCAGUCCAAAGGCGUGGCGAGCCGUGGUCACUGCACCGCGGCGCUUCGGUGCGACGCGGCACUGUGGCGUCGCGGUUGCAGCUUCGACUGCGACUGUGGUUGCAGACCGCGCCGCCCACAGCUGCGCCGGACCUCUGCGCCCCCGCCUCGCCGGUGCGGCACGCUGCCUGGAGCCGCCGAGAGCGGCGCGGGGGCUCGGUGGCCCGAGGCCGCCGAGCUGCGCGCGGGCCUGCUGGAGGGCGUGCGGUGGCUCGUCUCGGACAUCGCCUCCAGGGUGUUCCUGCUGGACU